AUGCUCACAGCAGUAACAAAUGCAACGGGAAAUUCGGCUGGUGCUAAACUGAGGUGCUUGUACACGAAUGCCCAAAGCCUCAUAUCGAAACUAGACGAACUAAAACUUUGCCUUGUUGAGCUGUCUCCAGAUGUUUUAGCAGUAACUGAGACCUGGCUGUCCGGGAAUAUUAGCGAUAACGAAGUAGCCUUGCCUGGAUACCAAAUUUAUCGGAGGGACAGGGAACAUCGUCAGGGUGGUGGUAUCGUUGUGUAUGUGAAUGACGGUCUGGCAGUGUCGGAUAACACAGCCAAGUUUGCGUGCAGUACGGAAGCUAUCUGGUUGACCAUCAAGGCUACCGGUUCCCCGUGUCUCGAUGUCCUCACUGUCUACCGACCACCUAGGACAGACCGAAUCGCCGACACUCAACUAUUGGAGCAGUUGGAGAAAUUUUCCAGUCGACCUAACAUCAUGAUUAUGGGCGACUUCAACGCACCAGUAACAAACUGGAAUACCCUCCAAGCGUCAGGUCCAAAAUCGGCAUUCGAUUACCGCCUGUUGAGCAAAACAUUAAAUGCGUGCCUCACACAACAUGUAAUGUUCCCAGCGAGAACACGUGAAGGACAAAGGGCAAACUGCCUGGAUCUGGUCUUUACGAAAACACCAGACAGCAUAGACGAGAUCGCCUCCAUGCCGCCUCUUGGCCGAAGUGACCACGUAGUGCUUGUGUGGGAUUAUUCGUUAUUCUCCAUUUCACAUACUCCAGACCACAAAAGGCGUAAUGUUUGGUGGGGCGACUUCAAUCAGAUGAGGGCAGACUUAUCCAGUCUUGACUGGGGCUCAUUGUUUACGGGAAGUGCCAACGAUGACUGGGAGCUGUUCAAGAAUGUCUUUCUGCAGCUCAUCAACAACUACUGCCCACUGACUAGCGUAAGACUGAACAAACGCCCUGGGUGGCUAAAUAGCAACCUCAAGAAGGAAAUCAACAGGAAGCACAAGUUGUGGAGAAAAUACUGCGUCACUAGACAAGCUGAAUGCUUCAACACCUACAAGACACAGAGGAACAAACUGAGGAACCUGACCAUGAAAACGCAACGGGAAUCCGAGAAGAACUUGCUACAAAAAGCAACGCAGAACCCAAAAUUGCUCUACAGCUACCUCCGACGAACUACAAGGAACAGGCAUCAAAUCCCCUUGAUAAAGACUACUGAUGGCGUUGAGAUCGCUGAUAGUAGGGAUAAAGCUGCGUAUUUUUCACGGUUCUUCCAAUCAGUCUACACAAACGAGGCAAGGUUCCUUCCUCCCUCCACAGAAGAACUGCCGACUCCAAGCGUCAGUGAUAUACUCUUCUCAGAAGGCUUUGUCCGAAGAGAAUUAGAGGCAUUGAACGAAUCGAAGUCGCCAGGACCAGACGAGAUUCCACCCAAAUUUCUGAAGGAACUUGCCAGUGAGCUCGCUGCGCCUUUGUCGAUGCUCUUUCAAACGUCAUUUGACACUGGAACACUUCCUGUCGAUUGA